AUGAUGGCUGCUGCUGCAAAGGCUCUUGGUCUGAAUGCUGUCCCUGGGGUGUUGCCACCUGCACAAUUAAAUGCAAUCACUUCUCACAAUCGCUUUGGCUCUGCAAACCUUCGACACUAUGAACAUACCAGAAGUGGAUUCUCUCCUGGAGCAUCUGAUUCAGAAAAGGAGUCGAAAGCCACAAGGACUUUGUUUGUUGGAAGUUUAGAACCAGACAUAACGGAAAAAGAGGUACUCUCAGCUUUUGAGAGGUAUGGUUAUGUUGAACAAAUUGAUAUUAAGCGUUCUCCGAAACCUGGUGCCCAUUCUUAUGCAUUUGUACGCUUUCAGAAUGUUGAUAUGGCCAGUCGUGCAAAAAUGUCCAUGUCUGGUCGUUUUAUUAGAUCCUUACAUUGCAAGAUAGGCUAUGGUAAAGCGAUUCCAUCGCACUGUCUGUAUAUUGGUGGAUUAGAAUCUUGGCCUUCCGCUGAUUCACUGCAGCGUAUGCUUUCUCGUUUUGGACAACUAACUUAUCUUGACUGGUCUCCUAGACGUAAAUAUGCAAUCGCCAUUUAUGACAGCUGUGAAUCAGCACUCGAAGCUAAUAGACAAUUAAAAAGUCUCUCAGCAACCAGUCGUCCAAAUUUAAGACUUCGUGUAGAUUUUAUAAACCCAGAAUUAAUCCAGCCAAAGCCACAGAUUUUAAACAAGACGGACUCUAACAUGGAAAGUGACAGUCAGGACAAUCAAAUGUCAGAAUCACGAAAUGCUAUAAUUAGGUCUGAUACUGGAAUUCCUGUAACUGCAAAUAACUAUCGUAUUCGAACAAAUGAACAUUUUGAUGGAGGGCCGUACAUGAUGAACCAGUAUUGCAUAGAGGAUCACGCCGGUGAUAAAAAUCUCACUAAUGUACGACACUUACCUUAUGCAAAACCAUCUUUUCAUAUAUCUAAUCGGUAUCACACAUAUAAUCGGAACACACCUCGCUACUCGGACAACCACGGUAUACUCAAUCCAGUAGAAGAUAUUCCAUGUAACCUGAAAUCAAUCGUCACUCUCCAAGAACUAGACCAGCAUCUACAACCGGAUUUAUGGAAAGGAAAGUUCUUAUUAAAAAAUAACCAUUUUUAUUUUCGUUGUUUGAUGUUAAUAGGUAAUAAAGAUAUCAGUCAAGACUUACUGGAUUAUAGAGACAAUAACAGUAAUUCCGAACGACUAUGUAGUCCGACUUUACGUAUUUCACGCCGAGGCACUCUUGAUGCUUCAUGGAUGGCUGAAGCCACGCAUCGUAUUCAUAAUGUACUAUCUACAGUUCGUCAUAAUUUAUGCCUCAUGCUAAUAUUACCCGAUAUGGAGCAAACUAAUAAGUAUCUGGACAAGGAAUCUAAACUGAAUAAUCAGUCGAAUACUGAAAGUACGGAUGUAAAAACAACAAUAAGUCAUUGUUUUUCACUACACGCUUUAAUUGCUUAUUUAAAAUUAAAACAAUCAGCUGGUAUAAUCUGUCCAAAUGAAGAAAAAGUACUACAAGAAUCAUUGAAUACUAGUUCCGAGAAAACAACUACAACACGACGUUCAUCUUUGAUAGUAUAUUUAUUUGCACCAAGUAGUUUUGCAUUAAGUUUAUUAAAACAAGCAGCACCUUGCUUAAGUUCAGACUUGGCAACAACAAGUGAUUAUAUGGUUCUUUUAGCAUUAAAGCGGUAAUAUAAAAAAAACCCUUUGGUCUAGGC